UGACGCGGCCGGCCGGGCCUUCAAGAUGGCGGUGUGCGUGGCGGUGAUCGCCAAGGAGAAUUAUCCUCUUUACAUCCGCAGCAUCCCCACGGAGAAUGAACUGAAAUUCCACUACAUGGUGCACACGUCCCUGGAUGUGGUGGACGAGAAGAUCUCCGCCAUGGGGAAGGCCUUGGUGGACCAGAGGGAGCUGUACCUGGGCCUGCUGUACCCCACAGAGGACUACAAGGUGUAUCCUUCAUACCAGAGUCCCUGUGUUGAAAGCACAUUCCCUAACCAGCUCUGCAGGUAUGGCUACGUGACCAACUCCAAGGUGAAGUUUGUCAUGGUGGUAGAUUCCUCCAACACGGCGCUUCGAGACAACGAGAUCCGCAGUAUGUUCCGGAAGCUGCACAAUUCCUACACAGAUGUGAUGUGCAACCCCUUCUACAAUCCUGGGGACCGCAUUCAUUCUAGGGCCUUCGACAGCAUGGUGACAUCCAUGAUGAUCCAGGUGUGCUGAGCAUGAGCUGUGCUGCCGGUGCUGGAGGAGAAGUGCUGUUGACAUAACCGUAUUGUUGAUACAGAUAUUUAUUAUCACUUGCCUAUUCUCAAGUGUCACAGACGUGCUGCCGGGGGUAAAGCCUCAGGCACAGUGCGUGCAGACUAAAGGUCUUCUGAGAUUGGA